CCAAGACCAACUAUUGUCUGGUUGCCGCAGCCCCAACCUCACUUUGACCCAGCUUUCGACAACCCUACGAGCCCGCCGAUGCAGUACCUGCAGCCGCGCAGAGAUUCACUACCGCCGCAUCAGUAUUGCCCGCCCUCUUAGCGAAGAUGAAGAUCAAGCUCAAGAACCCGACUGCUGCGGAUGGCACGCCUUCACAGGCAAGCCCGAACGAAGCUCCCCAAUCCGCGCCCGCGCCCGCUCCCGCUACAGCUCCAGCGCCAAAGCUUUCCCUGAAAUUCAAGACUACUCCUGCUCCCCCAGCUGAUACAACCGAAAGCCAGGCUGGAGAUGCGCCGAAGCAGAAGCGCAAGUAUACCAGGAAGCCCAAGGUAGACGGAAACGGAGAGCCGCUUCCAGCAGCGAAGCCUGGCCCGAAGCCUAAAAAGCGACCACUAGAAGACGGUGACGAGGGCUCCCCCAUGGCCAAGCGCAAGCCGAAGCCUACCGCGAAGAGCCUAGCCAUGGUUCACGAGAGCGACGACGACGACGCGCUCCCCGAGCCCGUUAUGGCGCCCGUGGUGCGGCCGCGACCAGUGCCCACGCGCACGCAGUCAGUCAAGCUAUCUUUCAAGCCAAAGGGCUCAGCACCCCAGCGGACGGCCACAGCGAUAAUCAAGGUCAAAGGCGCGGGGAAGCCACCGCCCAGGCCUCCCGGUGUCGGAUACGAUAGCGAAGCGGAAGAGGCGGAGAUAGACCCGGCUAUAGAGUCACAAUUCGUACUGCGGAUGCUGCCCGGCUCCGACUGUGAUCUACUAGCCCAAUCGAUCAAGGACAAAACUAUCGGCAAGAGCGUGUCACAAGGUGGACCAGGAGUCUACUUCCGGUUCUUCGACCGGGAGGGCCGACGGGCUAUGGUCACGAUUCAAGGGCGCUGCUACGCAGCCUCUAUGGUCGAGCUGCCCUGCGUCAUUGAAUCGCUGAAGAGCUGGAACAAGAAAGACUGGGUCAAGACUGCGGACGUCUGUCAGAUGCUGCUUGUGCUAGGCCGCGUUAACAACGAGGAGGAAGCUAAGAAGUACUCCCGUCCACGCGAAGUCGAGCCUGAUUCCCAUCGCUAUCCGCAUGGCCUGACCCCGCCCAUGCGGUGGGUGCGCAAGCGCCGUUUCCGACCGCGCAAGUCAUACCUCGAUGUUGAGCGAAUCGAGAAUCAGACGGAGGCUCUACUAGCAGAGGAUAACAAUGCGGAGGAAACGAGGCAUGAGCUAGUGGACAGCGACCACGAGACCUCAGAGGAAGGGUCCUCGGGAGAGGAUGCUGAAGGCGAGGAUGAGGAGAUGGCUGAUGCGCUAGAAUUCGCCGAGACGCCUGCGGAAGAAGCUGUGGACCAGGGCGAACUCGAGCAAUUGCUGCAUGCUGGGUUCAUGGCAGACGAUGAAGUCCAGGUCGACGUCGACGACGACGGCAUAGACGCCCUGUUCGGCGCCACCAUCGGAGUAGAAAACCCCGCAACAUCGCGUGAGGUCGCGAUGCACGCGCUCGGUCAACGCGGCGACGUGGUCCUCGAGCCCGAAAGCACAGCUUCCACGCCCGCCGCAGCCACCUCUCCCGACGACGAUAGUGACGACGACGAUAAGCAGGAUGAAGACAGGCAGGUGGAUCAGGGAGCCGAAGAUAGGCGGAAUAAAAUCAAUCAGACUAGAGACAAAAUUAUGGAAUUGGAGAAUGCGAUCAAGGGGAAUAUCGAGAUGCGCGACAGUGCGCAGAAUCCGCUCUACAGGCAGAGGCUGCAGGCUAGGAUCGACAAACAGAUUGCAGACAAACGGGUCCUGCUGGCGACGAUUGGCGAGGGCGACGACGACGAUUAGGCAGAUGCGCUCCGGCUGACGCUGGCUGUUCCUUGGUUUAUGGUAGAUGGCAGCAGCUUCUUGGAGUUCGGGUUGGACUGCAUGAAGUCCACCUUUAGUUCGCUAUCUACAUCUCACGACGCCUUGAGCAUUAGGAUCAGGCUAUGAACUAUAGUAAUUGCGAUAACAUGGGCAGCACAAGGUCUUCCCAGUAGCCGUAAUAUGAAC